UUCCGGUUUUCGCUCUGAAAAAGCUAUAUGCAAUUAACAUCCAUCUUGUUUUUGCGUUCUUUAUUUUCAUGAAAUCAGUUGACUUAAUUUAUGUUUUUCAAAACAUUCAUUUGAAGAGCUUUAUAAAAUCUUUUAUCUCGUCAAUAUAUUGGUUUAACUACAUUAUUUCACAUAAACUAUCGUUUAUAAAUACAACUUUUCUCAUCGUUCUGAAAGCUUGGUGAGAAGUAAUUUUGGAUCGGAUUUCAUUGAUCAAGUUCCCAAUUUAUUAAAGUUAACAACAGUGGGAAAACUGGAUAAAUAACGAAAACACAAACUGAUGGAUAAGGAAAUUAACAUAAAAACAAGAUGGAUAUAUAAUAUAUAUUCAAACGACAAAAUAGAAAUCCUAUAGUAAUAUGAUCCAAGUUCCGACAGAAGUUUGAGUCGAGCACCCUCUUUCCCGCUCUUGUUUCCUCUCCUAUAAAUACCUCUUCCUACUGGUACAAACUCUUCAUCACACUUUGCUAGUAAGCUAUCAUGAAUAUGGACACCGAUCGAGAUACCGUAGAGUUUUGGUCCUCACUUUUCCAAUCCUUUGCUGACUCAGAACCUAAAGAUGGUCUAUAUCCGGUGGUAAGAAGCCCGAUAAUGACCAUGUCUACACUGAUGACCAUUGAUGAACCGGCUGAGCCGUGGAAGGUUCUUGAAUAUGGAGGCCAGGAGGUUCGACCGAUGGCAAUUGAUGUGCCAGCUGAGCCAUGGAAAGUUCUUGAAUAUGGAGGACAUGAGGCCCGACCGAUGGCCAUUGAUGUGCCAGCUGAGCCAUGGAAGGUUCUUGAAUAUGGCGGUAACGAGUGUCGACCGGAGAAUGCUCCAGCCGAAGUUGGAUAUAAGAACCUUAUUGAGGAUCAAGAGAAAUAUACACAAAAAGCGAUAGAGAAGGUAAUUAUGUAGUUGGUUUUCUUAAAUAUAAUAUGUAUAUUAAUUGGUCCACAAAAAAAAAAAAAGAAAAAAAAAA